UGAGGCGCUUGUGAACGAAGGCAUUUUGUAAACGAAAAAAUAAAUAUUUUUAUUAAAUUUAAAAUUAUAUUUAAAACGUGAAAGUGUGGUUAUAAUGAAGCCAGUUGCUUUGAUCCUGUUGUUCCUGGCUGUAAGCCAAGCUAGAGUGGUGCAGUUGCCUCAGGAUAUUCCUGUGACCGUUGUGGAGGAGAAGCAGCAGCCAGCUCCAGUGGCUUUACCUUUGGUUAAGGAGGAGAUUAAACCCAGGCUAGAGGAGAAUAUAGCCAUAAUCAAGGAGGAAACUAAGCCUGAAAUUAAAGAAGAAAAACUGGAGAUUAAGGAAGAAAUUAAACCAGAAAUUAAGCCAGAAAUCAAAGAGGAAAUUAAGCCCGAAAUUAAGCCUGAAAUCAAGGAGGAAUUAAAGCCAGAAAUUAAGCCUGAAAUUAAGGAAGAAAUUAAACCCGAAAUCAAGGAGCAAAUCCAGGAGCAAAUCCAGGAAAUCAAAGAACAAAUCAAAGAGGAAAUCAAGGAAAAGGCCAAGGAACUCAAGGAAACCCCCGAGGAAAUUCAAGACCUCAAAGAGAAGCCUCAGGAAAUCAAAGAGGAGACCCCAGCUCUUCUAGAACUCAUCCCCGAGGAAGCCCAGCCAGCUGCCAUUAAUUUAAAAACUCUCUCAGCCGAAGAAUCAGCUCCCGUGCCCGCCGCUGCCGAAGAACUCUCCCCCUUGGAGCAAGAUCCGUCCGAAAACCAAGAGGAUCCCGCCCAUCCCCAGGUCCGUCAGGCCACCCAGGCCACGCCCACCCAGCAGAGCACCACUCAAGGAAACUUUGUCCAGCAAUUGAUCCAGAAUUCACCCAUUGGCCAGUUCCUGAAUCAGUUCCAGCCGCAACAGCAGCAGCCAGCUGCCGCUGCAGCUCCUGUCCAAUCCGAUGAUGCCGCCGCCGCCGCCGCUCAGGCCACGCCGGCGCCCACAGUACCUGGCUUCCUGAAUCCCCAGGCCGCAUUUACACAGGCCACCCAGGUGGUGCAGAAUGCCGCCCAAUCGGUGGUCAACUCCACCACACAGGCCUUUCAGGGCAUUCAGCAGUUUGCCAGCAAUUUGGGUAACCAAUUCCAGAACACACUCUCGGGUCUGACCAAUUCCCAGCCGGCUGUUUCCACCACGCCACGUCCGCCAGGUCCCAUCCAGCAGUUUGUGAAUAAUGUUUUCGGUGGCAAUAACAAUGCCACAGCGGCGGCUCCAGCUCAACAGCAGCAGGGUGGUGGCAAUCCCCUCCAGGGUAUCAUCAAUUUCCUGGGCGGAAAUCGACCACAGAAUGCUCCGGCUGCUGCUCCCGUAACUGAGGCUCCGGCCAAACAGCCCACCGUUGAUGACAAAAUCGAUCCUGCCCAGGAUGAGGUGGCCGAAUUUGUCCCCGAGUCCGAGAACGGGGUACGCGCCAGUGGCGAGUCCAUCGAUGAUUCCUUCGAGGAGGCCGCCGUGCCCACCAAUGAGGUCAUUGUGGUCAAUGACGAUGCCAGCGAGGUUAGCGAUCCUGUCCAGGUUCAGCAGCAGCCCGUCGAUGCCGUGGCCCUUUGAGGGGGACACUGGACGCCACUCCAUCCACUCAUCCAUUAUCAACCGACUGAUGCCAUUUUCUAUGCUAUUUUUCGAUUCCAGAAUCAGAGAAUGCUUUGGAAAAAGGCUUCUUUAGUUUUCUAAGUGCAUGCACCACGCAACCAAUUAUUUAUUUCAUACUCUCAGCCCAGGAAUUUAUCUAUAAAAUGAGAAAAUAAAUAUCAUAAAAUAAAAUAAAAACAAGUAACUAAUAAA